AUGGCUGUACCUUUUUCGAAUACAACAUUGAGAGUUCCACAUGGUUUUCCAAACUUAUUGGAAGGCUUCGCAAGGGAAGUUUUAAGACACCAACCCAAAGAUAUUUAUGGUUUUGGUGCCAAAUAUUUUGAAGGGUUGCUUUUAAAAAGAGAAGAAACUGGGAUUGAAGAUUUGGCUCAGCUUGGUGCAAAACUAAAUGAUCGGUAUUAUAACAGCGAAGCGUAUUGUACUGGUACGUGCAACAUUAAUAAUGCUGAACAUCAAGAGGCUGCUGUACGUAUUCAAGCAGAAUAUCGUAGACAUUUAGCUAGCCAAGAAACUGAACACCUACGUGAACAAAAUGCAGCAACUCGAAUUCAAGCAAAUUAUCGUGGUUACAGAGAUAGAAAACUAGUUAACGUAAUGAAGGAAAACGAACGUGAUGUGGAUCAUUCUGGAGAACAACUAAACACAGAAGAUGAAGCACAUCUUGAAAGUGUAAGAGACAUUGAUCAAACAAGUGUUUUACCAAAUCACACAAUUUCACCAAAUAGUCAAUUGUUUGAAGAAAACAGAGAUUUUAAUAAAUUAUCACAAUCACAAAAAUAUAGUGAAGACGAGGCAGCUACCAUAAUUCAAUCUAGAUAUCGAGGUCAUCUUCAACGAGAACGUUUUCAUAGUACUACAAAAAUAAAACGAAUAUUCAUUGAUAAUGAUGAUUCAAACGACGAUAUUGUAACUGAACACGACGUAGUUAUUAAUCAAACUUCCAAUCCAUCACAUCAUCAUCGUCAUUCAGAUUCUGUACAAUCUCCAAUAGAAUCAAAAGAAAUAGAUAUUGAAGAGAAGGUUACUGGCGAAGAAUCAUUAAAUAAUAAUAAAAUCGAAGAAAAUUUCCGGAUAUCUGACGACGAAAUCUCAUCUCAUCAAGAAGGGAAGAAUUUAGAAUCUAACAAACAAAUAACAAACGAUUAUUUUAUUGAAGAUUCUAACGAAAACACAACUGAAGAUAUAAGCAUUGCAAAUAAUACUGAAUCAGAAGAGCAAACAACUGAACGAACACCUAGAAAAGAUGAGGAAGCAGACGUUGAAAAACCUCAAAAUUCAGAUCAUGAAGGUUAA